CCCAGAGUCUUUUAAAUUCUAGUAAAUAUCGAACAUUUUAACGAGUGAUUUUUAUUCUAAUUUUUGUAAAUAUUUUUUAAGUUUUAUUUGUUAGUUUGUAAAAUCUUUUCUUGUAAUCAUUCCUAACAAAAUAUCUUUUUCAUAAGUAGAUAUUUGUUUAUGUAAUAUAACAUGUGUACUUGUAACAAUUAAACAAGCAUCUUGUUUCAAACUCUGCGAGUUUGCAACUGAAUAUUCUAUAUAAAUCUGGGCUUACGUAGAAGAUCAAGUAUUGUGUUAUUCCUGAUUAACUUGCUCGUGGUUUUUAUAUCAUUUUGAUCAAUCAAUUUAUUAAAAUCUGAAAAUUCAUUUCAACUUAGAUUUUAAGAGGGAACUGCCUGCAAUCACAACAACAAGAAUUUUAUAAAUUUUUCUCUUAAUUUCAAAAAGUACGAUAUUGCUUAUAUUUAUUUGUUAUGGCGUUAGUUGGAGAUGAUUGCUAUUUCUACUAUACCAGUGGUUGUGUUAGGGGAAUGCAAUGUGCUUUUCGUCAUCAACCAGCUGCAAAAAAUACUGAAAUUGUUUGUCCUGAUUGGCUAGGAGGUGCAUGCUUUAAACAAACAUGUUUAUUGCGUCAUAUGCUAAUGCCAAAUGCACGAGUUCAAAUUCAAUGCAGGUGGGAUACAAUGCCCUCUGGUUGCUUGGAUUCUGGUUGUACAUAUGCUCAUAUCAACAAAAAUAUUAUUAUCCCUGGAACAAGCCCUAUUGAAGUCAAAAGUUCAUCUUCAUCAAAUGUAAGACAACCUUUACUUUCAUCACCAUUGGCACGCACUAGUGUGUUAAAGUUCUCAAAUGAAAUACCAAAUUUACAAUCUAACAAUUCAAUCAGUCAAAUGGUGAAUGUAAUGCCACAAGCAAACAUCGUUGAAGCGUUACCUGGCCCGAUUUUGAAUCCUCCUGGUGUCAUCAAUGUUGCACCACCAAUAAUACCUCUGCAACAAUCUCUUAUUCUUAAUGUACCUCGGCCGCAUUUGCAUUCAUCAAUUCUAGAUUUUCAACAGCAAGUUCAAUUGUUUAAAGAUCUUCUAGCGCAGAAAAAUAAAACAUAUGAUAGUGAAGAACUUGAAAAUGGAAAGAGAGAUAAAUACAAAGAAAAAUUUCGACACAAAAAAGAAAAAAAAAAUGUUCGCAAGUUUUCUAAAGACUCUAAAAAGAAGAUAAAGUUGAGUAAAGUUGAUGAAGAAAUACUUUUUGGAGACUACAAAGACGUUCCAUUAGAGAAGAAAAAAAAAAAAGAACAAAGUGAUUCUAUACAAAAUAUUAAUAUUAAAAGUUAUGAAGAAAUACUUAGAGAAAAAGUUUUUAGAAAAACUAUGGAGAAAAGAAGAGAAUUUGCAGAGGAUUUCAAAGAGUUAACUUCUGAUGAGAGAGACAAAAAUAAACUUGAGAAAUACAAUAAUAAAAAACGAACUAAAGUAGUUUCGAACGUUAGCUUAAAUGACAAUGAAUCUAUAAGUAAAGAUGAUGUUAUUGAAGUAGGUAUUGAUGGAUCACCUAUUCGCGAAGAUUUGCCAAAUGGAAACCACGCAAGAUCUCCUAAAAAAGAAUCUAAAAAAACUGCACCUGAAUUUAAAAAAACUGCACCUGAAUCUUCUCAUGAUGAAUCUGUUGAAAUAUAUAUUCCUGAUGAAACUGCUGAUAUAAAUAUAUCUAUAGACGAAAAUGACGAGCUUGUAAAGGAAUUAAAUGAGGCAUCACAUCAAAGACAUACUAGUGUAGCUCGAUCAAAAAUCACUAAUGUGAUGCAUAAAAAUUCAGGGGAUAAAGUAGCAAAUGUUUCUUCUAAAAAAAAUUAUUCUUUAGUGACUGAUGUUGUGAACAAACGAAAAGUAAUCAGACUGGAUAAAGACGAUAAAUCUCCUGUUUUAAAUAAUAAAGAAGACACUCUUAAAUCUGAUAUUAAAAUUAAAACAUUCGAAGAAAUUAUGCAAGAAAAGCGUAAGCGUAAAAAUAUGUCCAGUGAACCAGAAAUUAAUGCAGUGAAAAAGAUAUUAGAUCCUUUGCAUAUUAAAUCUGUCAAAGCAAAAACGGAACUGCGAAGGAGUAUUGUAGGUACAAGAGAUAACAAAGACAUAGAUUCAAAAAAAGAGACCAAAGAUGUUUUUAAAGUAAGAAGCACUUUAGGACUGACCAGUAUUUCUAAAAAAAAUGUGGAAACUAAUUUAAAAGAUUCUAAUGUUGGUACUGUUGGUGUGGCAAAAAAAAUCAUUACAAUUGCAAAACCAGUUAUUAAUGGGAAAAAUAGCGAAGAUAAUUCAAUUGGCAUUCGGUCUUUUGAUGAAAUAAUGCGUGAAAAGCAACUACGAAAACAAAAUGAGAGCGGAAAUAAAAGCUUAGGAGAUAACCAAGCUAACCAAGUACCUAAUGAGAUUAAGCCCACCGAAAAAUAUAAUUUAAAUCAGACAACUAAACCAACUGAAAAAGUUACCUUAAGGCAGAAAAGUAAGCCAACAGAAAAAAUUAAUUCAUUAAGUAAAUCUUCUGAAAAAGUGAGAUCAAUAUCAACAAGUAAAUCCUCUGACAAUCUGGGAUCAAUACCAACAAGUAAGUCCUCUGACAAUCUAGCAUCAAUACCAACAUGUAAGUCCUCUGACAAUGUGGGAUCAAUACCAUCAAGUAAGUCCUCUGAUAAAUUGGGAUCAACAACUAAACAUGAUAAUAAAAUUGUAGUGAUAUCAGCAAGUAAACCUACUGAAAAAGUUACUUCAAUGCUGACAAGUAAACCUACUGAGAAAGUGAGCCCAAUUCCAAAUAGUAAGUCUGUUGAAAAAGUGGCAUCAAUGUCGAUUAGUAAGCUAUCUGAAAAAGUGACCAAUGUUAAUCAUUUAAAUAAACAGUCAACUUUAUCUGAAAAUGAUAAAGAAAUUCAUGUUAAAUCAAAUAUUUCUUCACAAAUAAAAAAUUUGACAGAAAAGAAUAAUUCAACUUUAGAGCACAUAAAGGAGGCAUUAGAUGAAGUAAAAAGAAAACGUGACGAGUACUUACUUUCUGACGAAGAGUUUGAAAAGGAGAUCAAUGAUUUGUCAUCUAAUGAAGGCGAAGGUUGCAUAAACGACGAUCUCGAUGACGAUGACCUUAUAAUAGAAUUGUCUGAAAUGAUUGACGGCAACUAAGUCAAAAUUGGAAUGUUGAUAUUAUUUGUUAAAGUGAAACUUUAACUUCGA